AUGGCCGGUUUUUCCUUCGCGAUGGAGAGAGUCCUCCUCUUUCUCGUUGUUUUCCUUCCCUCUGUCUUCGCGGAGCAGCUGAGCGCGAAGGAAUGCGAGAGUCUAGGGUUCACUGGGCUCGCCUUAUGCUCCGACUGCAACGCCUUCGCCGAGUACGUCAAGAAUGAUGGUGAGGGCCUGGUGUCAUUUCCGAAAAUCGAUAUGGAUUUUUUGCUUGGAUCCUAGGUCAAGUUCUGCACUAUAAACCGUUUUCCUCUUUGAUAUGAUAAUGCGAGAACAUAGGGGAUUGGGAUUUUUUUUGGCAUCAUUUUCUUUAUUCAACGAAUGUGUCAAAAUAUGAAGAAAUUCUCAUGAUUUUUUUCCGAGCGAGUGAGAAUGUGUUUCAUGGCCGGAUGGUAAUUGCCCUCGAUUUGUGGGUGUGAAUAUCCCUUGGUGUUGGUUCUUUCUGAUUUUUUAUUUGUUAAAUCCUUGCGAGAUCAUGGUGUUACGAUUUUCGGUCAAAACAUUUCUGCCACUUUUAUUUUAUAUUUUUUUUCCUUCUCCGCAUACUACAUCUUUUUAGUAUUUUCUUUCCUUUAUUAUUUUAUUUUUACCAUCAAAUUUGGUAAAUAUGUAUUUCCUGUCGAUGUAUCAUCGUUACUUUGGCAUUUCUUAAUUAUCUAGGUGACCUACUGGGUAUGUACAAUGAGUGUGCUCAAUAGCUUUGCCAAGUUAGGAGUAUAAACUCUUAUGCAGUUCUCUGAGUUAUCCUGUUGUAGGUUUACAACAAGAGUGGGCGAUAAAAAAGAGUCCUGGUUUUUGACAUUUGCUUAAUUGAAGGAUGAAUUGAUAUAAGCUAAUAACUGUAUCGACGGCUCAGUAUGGUGAGAUUUAUAGCCAGGAGGAGAACAAUGAUUUGAGUUGAUAAUCCCAUGACGGAGGAUAUUUGGGGUUAAUACAUCAACGAUUUUUCAAUGUGAUUUAUUUAGUUGGUGAUCAAUAGUUGAAAGCCUGGCUUGGCGAGGUAUGAACACUUUCCAAGGAAUGCGCCACCUUCUAUGAAAACGGGAUGAAGAUAGAGAAAACUAGUCAACCGAACUCAAAAGUGUCUUCCUCCUUGAUAUACAUUUUAGUCACUUUUCAUGGUCGGAGCAUUUCUUCAUCUUUAAUUCAAAAUUAUUCAGCUUUUUUCGUGAUCUGCCUAAACCUAUGCCUGGGUCUUUGGGAAAUUAUGAGUUCCUGGGUCAUGUCUGUGCGAUGAUUCUUAAGCCUUUAGUUUGCAUGAUUUUGAACCUUGAGCAAGCUUUGGGUACUUGCCACGUGACUUUCCUGUACAUGAUCGGAUCCCCAAGUCAGCAUGGUCGUUCUUGACCGUCCUUUCUCUUAGUCUUUUGAUGAAAGUCAUAUGAAUUCCUUGGCUCUCUGCUCAGGAUUUUGGGUGUUGCAAAUGUCGCGUGAUUUGAUCUUUGUGAAUAAUUUGCCUCUGAUAUUACUUGAGAGGCUCUGAGUUCUGAUGUAUUAUACUUGCAGAGCUGAUAGCAGAUUGUCGCAAGUGUUGCACAGAGGACUCUGAUGAUUCCAUGAGCAAGGUAUGCUCCUGAGAGAUUUGGAAACUUCCUCUCGUGUAAAAGCGCCAAGCAUUGGUUAAUUGAUUGGAUCCAUAGAACUUCGAUUAUCACAGGGCCAACAAAUCUUUCACAAAGUUCACUGUCAUCCAUUGAAACUAACUCCUGAAAAAUCCAGCUUGACUAAGAUGACUUUGACUAUUUUUUGUGCCUACAACUUAAGUAAUUCUUGUGUCCUGCAUUUUAUUGUGCUGCAAAUAUUUGGGGGGCAAGAAUCUCUCUUCCGUGUUGACUCAGUUUUAUGGAUUAGGAUGAAGAAACUGAGACAGCUCAUGCAAUUAAUCAGAGGCGUCGUUUGGUUUGCAGAUGAGAGUUUAUGGUCUCUAGUCAAACCUUUAGAUGAUCAUGUGAGAUUAAGACCGUUGUAAAUCUACCCCUCUCAAGCAGGAAAUAUGCUAAAAUGCUUUCCGACAUAAGGCCCUUGGAAGCAAAAUUGAUGUUGAAGAUGUAGUAAAACGUGUCUAUCAUGAUGAUUUAUAUCAUGAUGGUGUGCGAGAAAGUGAUGACGCCAGACAUUAGCUUUAGUUAAUAGUGAUUCUAUGUUUGUGAAUCAAAGUGGUAAAAUAAUGUCUACUGUGAGAUUUUUUGGAUAACAUAUGGCAUAUCUACCAUUUUUCUUUUUUGGGCUUAGAAUGUGCAUCAUUUAAACCCUAGUAUACCUUCCUAUCGAGUGAAAUAAACCAUUUAAACCAGUUUUAUUGAGGUUUAUCCAGGUUUUAAAGAACUGGACGAUUCAAUGUGUUUUUGUUAGUCACUGAAAAAUCAUGGCAUUUAAAAGCAGGCUUCAUCCGAGAUCCAAACAAACAACCUGGAGCAAUUCAAGCAGUGCAUCAUGCAUUUAUUUUUUUGCAUGCUCUUCCCCAGUAAUAAAAUAAAUAGUACUAUUUCAGCUAAACCUGCUCCAAAUUCAGGCCCCAAUGGUGCAAUGUUUCGUUGAAUCCUAAUAACGAAGAAUAAUGACUUGAAUCCCUUCUCUGGAACAUUAUUAUCCGCAUGAAUUUUCCCAUGCCCGGUGGGUUUGUGGCAUUAGUGAUUGAAUAGAUACCGUUGGAGGCCAUCACCCCUGAGACCAACUUUGACUUUGGAAAUUUUUCUAGCUGGAUUUGAUAUAAUUCGAGCUCUCUUCAGGAUUUCGACCUCUUAGACGUUUCUUCCCCGGGUGAGUAUCUUGGCAGGUUGUUUUCUCGGGUGCAGUUCUAGAAGUGUGCAUGAGGAAGCUGUCCAACUAUCCUGAACUGUUGACUUUUAUCGAGGAAGAGAAAGAUGAAUUCCCCAACGUUAAAGUCCAGUAUGUCUACUCAUCACCCCCGAAGCUCGUGAUGCUCGACGAUGAUGGCAAUCGCAAAGAAACAAUCAGGUCAGCCAAUCCAGCUUCCUGCCAAAUUUUAAUCAUAUAUUCAUUUUUUCUAUCUCAUUGUUGCACCAUUAAACUUGUCAAAAAUUGCUCCUUUCUUUCGUGCCAUAAAUCCUCACGGCUUGAUGUCUAUGGUAAUAAUGUGCCCUCCUCCCCAUAUGGGCUUGGAAACCUGCUCUCUCUCUCUCUUGCUCUCUCUAACACUGACAUAUAUUCCGCUGCCCAUGGAGAUUCUGGACAGACAGCUGAGCUCCUUUCAUGGAAGUCUGCCGAAUUUUGAUCAUAUAUUCAUCUUUUCUAUCUCAUUGUUGCACCAUUACUUUGUUAAAAAUUGCUCCUUUCUUUCAUGCCAUAAAUGCUCAUAGCUUGUUGUCUAUGGUAAAAAUGUGCCCUCCUCCCCAUAUGGGCUCGAAGCCUGCUCUCUCUCUCUCUCUCUCUAGUUCUCUCUGACAUAUAUUCCGCUGCCCAUGGAGAUUCUGGACAGGCAGCUGAGCUCAUUUCACAGAAGUUCUUCGGCAGUCUGAAAAAUAAUCCGAUUCCCCUGCCAGGAUUCGUCUGAAUAAUAACAAUAUUAGUAAUAAUGAUAAUAAUAAUAAUACAUCAUCUGCUUAUGGAAUUAUCUCGUCCUUUUCCUAUACAGGGUUGACAACUGGAAGCGGGAGCACAUCCGGCAGUUCCUCAGAGAGAAAGUCAAGGCUGGUCGGCGGGCAGACUGA